AUGCGUGGUCGACGUCUCUCGUCUCCGCUCGAAGCCCAGCAUGUUCUUGUGACCGUACUGGUGCUGCUGUCACUCGCCACGACAUCGGUCGUGAGGUGUCUGCUGCUCCAGAAGGACUUGCAGAGCUUCGUGAGUACGCUAGAGCAGUACGCUAGAACGAGAAACGACAUCGUCUUUGUGCUCGACGAGUCCGGCAGCAUCGGUGAGGAUAACUUCCCGGCAGAAAGGAAUUUCGCAGAGAUGACGGCGCGGUUGGUAACGGUGUCGCCGGACUUUUCCCGGCUCGCGGUGGUCACCUACGGCAGCGACAACAAGCUUCACAUCAACCACAUCUCCGACGGCGGCGGCGGCAUGUGCAGCUUCCUACAUGAGCUCAACACGAUUGGUUAUAGGGGAGGCGGCACCAUGACUAGGGAGGCGCUUAAGCUCGCCAACAGUCUGCUGCAACAGGGCCGUCUUGGUGUUCACAAAAUAAUCAUACUGAUAUCAGAUGGACGAGCAGACAGCGGGAACAAGCCCAACGAUUUUGCUCGUGAAUUGAAGCGCAGCGGCGUGAUUAUAUUUGCCGUCGGAGUCGCCAGCAUCAACCGCGCCGAGCUGGAGGAGGUGGCGACAUCCCCCAAACACAUCUACAUGCUCACAAGCUUUCCCUACAUCAAAGAGCGCAGACGAGGGGAGAGUCGAUGUAUUCGGUCCGCUCUUUUUGACUUCUCGCGAAUUCUCUAUGUUUGCAUUCGUGCAACUUUGCUCCACUAUGUCGCAGACAUCCACGAUACGCAGUGGGACAAGGCGGAUCAAUCCGAGUGCCUCAAGGUGGGCAGAGCAUGCGACACAAACGCCAUCUGCGGAUGCGGUGCUCGAAGCGGAACUCACCAGUGCGUCUGUAAAGCGGGCUAUCAAGGCGAAGGGACGCACGGCAAAUGUCAACGUUGCCCACGAGGAUCGUACAAGAGCAAGACUGGAUCUAAAAAGUGCGACAUUUGUCCGGGCCACUCAGCGACGCCUGACGAAGGAGCGACCAGCUUGGACCAGUGCUCGUGCAUUGCAGGCUAUGAGGGGAACCCUGGUGGUAAUGUGCCGUGCAGCCCCAUCAAGUGCGCGAAGCUCUCCGAUCCUCCUGGCGGAAGCAAUCUUCCUCACCCAUGCGGAAAUACUUUCGGCAGCGAGUGCGACUUCAAAUGCACCGAAGGUCAUUGCCCUUAUUCGUGCAACAUGACUGAAGUGCUGGCUGGAAACUUACCCUGGAACAGCAAGUCAGCAACGUCGCGCGUCUGCCAGGCGAACGGGCAGUGGUCCGGAGGACAGUUCUUCUGCGACAGUGAGUUGGCGUUACUGAUGCACAAGUAA